AAAAUGCACUUAAUAUCAGAUAUAUUUUUUAUAAAUACUUAUAGAUAGUAUUAUACAUUCGCCACUUAAACUUAGCAACAACAAUAUGUAAAUGAAGUUAAAGCGGAUGAAAAAGCUCAUUACACGGAACAAAACGGAUCUUCUUCAACGCCAUGAAUAUUAACAUAUUUGUUCAUGAAAUGCCAAAAGUUGAACUACAUGCUCAUCUCAACGGAUCGUUGAGUGUAAACACCAUACAAGAAUUGGGUGCAAAACUCUAUGGUUCGAAGAGCGAGGAAUUCACACAUCUUAGCGAACAACUUACAAACUUCGAUAAUGUCGAUCUCGGAGGCUGCUUUGAAAAAUUUGAUUUUAUGCAUAAAUUGACCUCAACUCGAAGGGGCUUGCACUUGGCCACUAUAUUAGCAAUACGUGAUUUUGCCAAAGAUAAUGUGGCUUAUUUGGAACUACGUACGACUCCAAAAAAUACUGAAGAAAUGUCUAAAAAGGAUUAUUUAGAAUGCGUUUUAGAGGGAAUAGUGCGUGGUAAAGAACUUCACAACAUCCUCGUAACGCUGCUUAUUUCUAUUGAUAGGUCUCAAAGCGUAGCUGAAGCAGAGGAAACCAUCAAUAUCAUACCGAAAUUUAGAAGCAGAUAUAAUAACAUUAUCGCAGGUAUCGACUUUAGCGGCAAUCCAAACAAGGGAAAUUUUUCUGACUUCAAGCCAGUUUUAGAGAAGGCAAGAGAAGAUAAUUUAAAAUUAUCCGUCCACUGUGCAGAAAUACACAAUCCUUCAGAAGUUGAUGAAAUGAUCGAAUUCGGUAUGGAUCGUUGUGGGCAUGGUACAUUUCUUACUGACCAACAACUACACAAAUUGGGAAAACAAAAAGUAGCUAUUGAAUGUUGUUUGACAAGUAAUGUCAAGUGUUCCACCGUAGCCAAAUAUUCUGAACACCAUUUUAGAAACAUCUUUACAUCUGAGAGCGCUCCAGUGGUACUUUGCACAGAUGAUUGCGGGAUAUUCAAUACAACUUUAUCAAAUGAAUUUUUGAUGGCAAAAAAAUACUUUGCUUUAAGUAAACCAGAUAUGAUGAAACUUUCGCUGACUGCUGUUGAUCACGCAUUCGUCAGUGAAAAUGUUAAACGGGACUUACGACGAAUAAUAGAACGUUACUUUGAUUCUGAGUGCUUACGUCUUCCCUGUUAAUGAAAUUAAAAAUAAAGAUGUUGUGAUUUAAAGUAUUUUAAAAAAUAUUUUUGUUAAUUAAUUUUGUACUUAAUAAAUACGUGAGAAUAAUCAAA